AAACCCUAAUACACCUAUCAGUGACACUGUUAACUCAAUCAAUGCAUGCCCCGUUCGUACCGUUGUUUCCCUUUUCAUUUUGGUUUUCGCUUCUUGAAUUCUGAGUCUUUUUUGAACACACAAUCUUUAUAGCUGCUUGUGAUUUCCCGCGCUUGAUGGAGUCCUUAAAAGGCUGUGACACUUGAUGCUUGAUGGAUGGAUGCUGUUGAGAAAGAUGAGGUGCCAAUGUUAACUGAUACAGACUGGCCAUCUGAUAGACAUGAGCAUAAUCCACAGCGAAGGUUGUCACACAGGAACAGAAGUGUUUCAAUAUCCAUCCUACCGAGCUCCAAUGAAUUGAAUUCCAGUCCAACAACUCCUGUCUGCUUUACAGGUCCCUUGUGUGGUGGAAGAAAAACACCAAGACAAGGGAAUCCUUCACAGUCCAUCCAUGGUGCCAUUGGCACGGAAAGGAGAGAGCAUGUGGAACAAGAAAACAUCAGAAUGCAUAAUCAUCAACUGGGAGAUCAUAAAAAUGAACACUUAUUGAGGUCAGGACAAUUGGGAAUGUGCAAUGAUCCUUACUGUACAACAUGCCCAAGUUCUUAUAAUUACAAGGAAAAACCUAAGAACUCAAGAGGAAGAUUUGUGAUCGGAAGAGAGCAUCAUGUAAAGUGGUGGGCAAGAACAAAGUUAUCCUUGCUGAAACAGUUCACAUUUGGGGUCAUGAAUCCACAUGCUAAAGUUGUUCAGCAAUGGAACCAAUUCAUUGUCAUUUCUUGCUUAUUGGCCAUUUUCUUAGAUCCCUUUUUCUUUUACCUGCUGUCAACGAAUAAGGGGAAUAAGUGCAUAUUAAUCAAUUGGCCGAUGACGCAAACCAUUGUGGUAUUCAGAAGCAUGACAGACCUUAUUUACGCCAUGCACAUGUUAGUUCAGUUCAGGUUAGCAUUCGUUUCUCCGGAAUCAAGAGUUGUGGGUGCUGGAGACUUGGUUGACCAUCCUAAAAAAGUUGCCUUACAUUAUCUUUCUGGAUUUUUUUUCUUCGACCUGUUAAUUGUAUUACCACUUCCUCAGAUAAUUGUAUUGUGUAUCCUACCAAAUGCCAUUGCAUCAUCGGGAGCUAAUUAUGCAAAGAAUCUUUUGCGAUCAUGUGUUCUUGUUCAGUACGUUCCCAGGUUAUACCGGUUUCUGUCUCUUCUUGCUGGCCAAUCUCCAAGUGGCUUCCUAUUUGAGUCGGCAUGGGCGAACUUUAUCAUCAAUCUUCUGACUUUUGUCUUGUCUGGUCAUGUUGUUGGGUCAUGCUGGUAUCUCCUCGGGUUACAGAGAGUGAACCAAUGCCUUCGAGAUGCUUGUCAUAACUCUGGAAUCAAACAUUGCAUGAAGUUUCUAGAUUGUGGGCAUGGGAAUGUUGGGAGAUAUGCAGCGGAUCCGGCAUGGAAAGUUUGGAAAGAAGAUGAAAAUUCCAGUGCUUGUUUUAACGAAGAUGGUUUCCCUUAUGGAAUUUACGUGAAAGCUGUCAAACUCACCGCUGAACCUAGUGUAAUCACAAGAUAUGUUUACUCCUUUUUUUGGGGGUUUCAGCAAAUCAGCACACUGGCUGGCAAUCAAACUCCAAGUUAUUUUGUGUGGGAGGUCCUUUUUACUAUGGGCAUCAUUGGGCUUGGACUUCUACUUUUUGCCCUUCUUAUCGGAAACAUGCAAAACUUUCUUCAAGGUCUCGGACGCAGACGGCUUGAAAUGUCACUUAGACGACGUGAUGUUGAGCACUGGAUGAGCCACCGACACUUGCCAGAAGAACUACGAAGAAAAGUUCGCGAGUCUGAGCGUUAUAAUUGGGCUGCCACCCGAGGGGUUAAUGAAGAAAGGCUAAUGGAGAAUUUGCCUGAAGACGUGCAAAGAGACAUACGCCGGCACCUUUUUGAGUUUGUGAAGAAAGUCCGGAUAUUUGCGCUGAUGGAUGAACCAAUUUUAGAUGCAAUAUGUGAACGGUUAAGGCAAAAGACAUACAUCAAAGGAGGCAAAACUUUAUAUCAAGGAGGGGUUGUGACGAAGAUGGUUUUUAUUGUAAGAGGGAAGAUGGAGAGCAUGGGAGAAGAUGGGAGUAAAGUUCCACUAGUGGAGGGCGAUGUAUGUGGUGAAGAACUUCUCAGAUGGUGCCUUGAAGAUUCUUCUGUUAAUGGAGAUACAAGAAACCAGAUAAAACCAAGAUACAUAUUGCUUAGCAACAGGACAGUGGAAUGCUUAACAAAUGUUGAGGCAUUUGUUCUUCGGGCAGCAGAUCUUGAAGAAGUCACCAGCCUUUUUGCUGGAUUCUUGAGGAAUCACCGUGUUCAGAUUGCCAUAAGGAACGAAUCUCCAUACUGGCGAGGCCUGGCGGCAACCACCAUCCAGGUGGCAUGGAGAUACUGGAAGAAGUGCCGAGAUCGUGCAUACACCCCACAUGGUGGUGGUACUACUCUUCCCUCCUCCUAGUUUGAUUAGCUACUAGUGUGAAAGCCUCGUUAGUUUUCAUGGCUUAUGAAGUUGUAAUAUAAGAUCGUUUCACUGGAAAUGUUGAAUUCAGCAAUAUGGGUGUCUAAUUGUCUCUCAAGGGUCGGGUUUUUCUUUUUUAUGGAAAUAGACGCUCUAUUCUCCAAGGUAAAGGCAUGCAUUCCACCUCCGAGACUUCGGUGAGAUAUACUUGGUUUGUUUGAUUUGGGUGAAUGUAUAAAUGUCUACAUUGUGUAUUGAUGUUUCCUCAUCGUGUUUGAGGAUCACGAAGUCAUAACGAUAAGAUGUACAUUUUGUCAACUGUGCCUAGGAUCCAAUGAUUUGGGCAUCUCAAAGCCUUUGGAGAGGCGUGUUUGUAUC